CCGAUUCUGCUCUUCUUCUCCUUUCUUCCCGCUGCAGCCCAAAAAAAAACGAAACCCAACCAUGCCUUGAGGAAACCGGUAGAGAGCUUGAUUCUUCCCUUCUUUCUUGUCCAAGAACCUGAUUUGGAACCCAGAAAUCUUUCCCCCUUGCUGGAAAUUCCAGAUUUGCCUUGCUCUGCUUGUCUUCACCGUCGGCUGCUAGUGGGUAUGGGUGAUUUCUGGGCAUUUUUUCGCCCGAGAGUUUCCCUGCAGAUUGCCGCCGGCUUCUCCCCCUGCCAAGUCCGGUUUUUGGCUGCUAAAUUCUGGAAGUGAAAUCGAGGACGGGGAAACCACGGGAAGUGACGAGUUAGAAGGCUAGCCAUAUUGUAAUUGAACAUAGAUUUAGAAACAAAUCAUGAUCUUGUAUUUGGAGACUUUAUUGGAGAUUUAUGAUAUUAGAGCAAAUUAUAAGAUUUGAUCUUCAUAUUUUGAUGGUAUCAGAUUAUGAUAUGAUAAGUUUCGAGACUUGUGCAUUUGUGGGACCCUCUCACGAGUGUACGGUGUCUGCCACGUCCUCGGAUUUGGGUUCUGGGGCGUGACAAAAGCAGCAACAUUGGGAUAAGAAAAGCAAAAGUACUUUUUGGGUGAGAAUGAAGAAGAAAAGAGACCAAAAGAAGGAGAUGGAAGUGAUGACAACAAAUUGGAAUAGAGGAGAUUGGCAGAUGGAGAAGAAGAGAAUAAGAUCACUUCCUUUCUAUUUCUCUCCUACAUUUAAUCCUUCUUCCUUUGCUUUCUCCAUGGAUGGCGAGCUUUCAAAGGAAGCUAGCAGUGCACUUAACUCCUUCAAUUUUCCCACAAUUUUAUCCUGAUUGCAACUAUUUUUCUUCAGAUCUUGGCUUCGUUAAUUUCAUUUCUUGGCUACAUUUUGUGUUCUUGCUAAACCAACUUAGUCACACGUUGAGUUUCAUUGAGUGACUUCUUUUAAACUUUAAACAGACUUUUUAACGUUUCUUAGUAAGCGAUUUCAAAUCUCAACCCUCUAAUUGGAAUGAUCGUUGUGUUCUUCCUUUUGUAUUUUUUAUUUUUUGGUUUCCUCAAUUUCUAGCUAGCAUUAGAACGAAAUUAAUCAAAAUUUCUUAUCUUU